CUUUUAAACAAUAUAUAAACUGGAGUCGACCAAGAUCGAAUCACAUCACAAUCAAUCACUUCAAACAGUACUACUACAACCAGUAGAAGAAGUAUUCGAUUCACAGACUCAACAACCUCUUCAACAUGAAGGUAUUCAUCAUUCUGCCGUUAGUAGUUGCCAUGAUUUCAGCAACCGACGUAGUCUUAACCGGUGCACCCGCGGCAUACGUUGCGUCUUCGUACACGUCGCACGGACCAGUCCCUUGGGCUUAUCUGCAACCGUACUACCAAUCAGCACCGUUAGUGGCAUACACGGCAUACACAGCACCAGCGGCCAAAGUUAUCGCCACUGCCCCGGCUAAAAUCGUUACACCACCAGCCAGAACCGUUCCUGUCGCCGUGGCCCCAGCAAAACUUGUCGCACCGGCUGUACCGGUCGCCAAAGUCGUACAAGUCGUGCCCGCUCAAUUCCAGCCCGACCCAUCAUACACAUUCGCGUACCAGGUACAGGAUCAGAUAACUGGCGACUCCAAGAGCCAAGAGGAAACCCGCCAAGGAGAUGUCGUCAAGGGCCGAUACAGUCUGAUCGAACCCGAUGGCACCAGGAGAACCGUAGACUACACCGCUGACCCAACAAACGGAUUCAACGCGUACGUACAGAAAUCGGACGUGCAACAAGCCGUAUUCGUACCAUCGGUAUCAACAGACGAUGUAGAAACUAUCAAAGUAGACACCAUCGAAGUUGAACAAGCCAGGUAUGCGCCCUCAGGCUCCAAACCGUUGAAGAAUACGCUAGCUGUGCCCGAAACCAAGACCAAAACAGGUUAUUGAUAAACGUUUAUUACAAUGAAUGUAUACUUUGCUAAACAAAAUCCAAUUUAAUUUAUAAUAUAGAGUAUAGACAGUUAUGUUAUAUCAUUAUUCAUUAUAUAUAUAUAUAUUUAUUUAUUCAAAUAACAAUCUGUAAAACAAAACAAAAACCCAAAUAAAGUUAAUUUAUAUAUUUAUAAA